GUCGUCAUUAUGUACAUUCAACCCAACCCGGUACAGAGGCGAUUUACAGUCAUGUAUAGGCUGCUGUAGAUACUCGAUAAAAGGUCUGCAAAAGGGGUUAUUUUCACCAGGGGCUGCUAGAGGUGAGAGGCUGGAGAUGAGCGGUCCCCAAGGGAAUAUGUCCUCGCUGGCAAAGGAAGAGAUUGACCCUAGGAACUGCUACCACGAUGAGAUGGUGAAACUGGUUGAGAAUGGAGGUGCCAUCAUCAUCGAAGUGAGACGACCUGACGAGAUCGCGGCAACAGGGAUGAUGAACAGAGCUUGCCACAUUCCUUUGGAUGAAUUGAAAGAAGCGUUGAGUUUACCCGAUGAUGAGCUAAAAGAAAAGUAUGGAGUGGACAAGCCGAACCCCGAUGGAUCUAAUGUUGUUUUCACCUGUAGAAGCGGAAGAAGGAGUCUCAUUGCGUUAGAGACAGCAAAGGAAUUCGGAUACACAAAAGCAAGGCACUACUCAGGCGGCUGGAACAGUUGGGUUGAGAAAAACAAGCUCUGAAUAUCACAACAGCAUCAGCUAUAGGGUCUCAAAAUGCCUUGAAAAUCACCCGAAUUAUAAACACUUAUAAGAGUGAAAAACGGUGCAUGACGAAAAGGGUCUAACAUUGACAUUGUACAAAACAUUAUUGCUAUUCCACCAUUUCAAUGGGUGAUUAUUUUAUUUUUAGUGUUUAAGUAUAUUUUCAAUCUAAAGUUUCAGAACUUUCCACAUCACUUCCAUAACAGCGUGGUUGUCUUUUUUUCCUAUCAUUUUGAGUGUUGGUUAUAGGAAAUUGGUUAUGAGUACUUUAUUUGGAUAAAUUUGGUAUUUGUUUCAAUGUGUUUUUUUUUUCAUGGGGGCAUUACAAGAAACGGUCAAUCAGUUGUAAGUCAGUAUCAGUUUGGAGGUGCCGUGGCCGAGUGGUCUGAGGCGCUUGAUUGAGGAUCUGGGGUUCGAUUCCCGGCACAACAUGCCCUUGAGUAAGGGCAUUUCUUUAUCCACAUUGCUCUUUAGCGCACAUGCAACAAAGGAACAUGCUGCAUUAUGCACACUGAUGUGUGGACUUGUUUUUAAAAAAAUGAUAUUAGUAAAAAUAUGAAAAUGAAAUAAAAUGUCAUACCCCAGAAUCAGCCACAAAUCUUCAAGUCAAUCGCAAACUUUCAGUUUAUUACUAAUCUGCAUUUUGCUGUAGAAGAUAUUGUUCUAUAUACAUGUAAUUAUUAAUUUCAAAUUUCUGAUUGUUCUUUGCAAUCAAUCAUUUCUUUCAUCACCCCUCUAAAUUUCGAGGAUUUAAAAUAAAUCCAGGUUGGCUGUGGAUAUGGACCAGUUGAAUAUUAGAUUUAAUUGUCUUUUCAAAAAGAUUUUAAUUCAAAGCCCGUUGCUUUAUAUUAUUUAAAUCCAUGCACAAGUUUUAACUCUGUAUCCAAUAUUCGGCUACAUGUAUACUAUUCCAGCCGAAUUUAUGUAAAAUCCUUGGAAUUUAUAUUGUAUUUUAGUUACAGAGUAGAUGAAUUAUUGUAUAACAUAAUAAAACAGAGUAUAGGUACCAGCAUGAAUAUACGUAUCGUGAUAAAUUUUAUUCAAGCAUCAAUGUUAAGUUUGAAAGGCGGGGGUUUGGCAUGGAUUACCAUAUAUGCACGGGUUUGGUAACCGCAGAGUAUGAGCUGCAUCGCACAAUACAUCGCAAGUCCAUAAUUCUUAGAUAGACGUCAUUUACCAUUACUUUCAGGGUGAAAACAUUCGUCUGAGAAGUCUUCCAUUGCAUACUUCAGAGAAGUUUAGAAACCGAUCUCUGGAAUUCAUUUUCAUUCAUUAUGCCAGCCCAAUAUUAAUUUGGCGUGUUAACGAGUUAAAGGACAAGUCCACCCCAACAAAAAC